AUGGAUCCGGCGACCGAUCCCGGAUCCGUUGACUACGUUGAUCACGCGGACGCGGCGACGACGGUGGCGAUGGCGGCGAUGGCGGCGAUAGCUGCCAACGACGGAGCCGCCGACGGUACGAUGAUGAUGGCGGACAACAACUGCACGAACGAGUACUGCGUGACGGACGAAGAGUAUUACGAGAUGAUCUACCGCUACGUCUUCCCGAAGUGGUACGACUGGAUCAUCUUCUGCAUCUACAUGAUCGUCUUCGUCGUCGGCCUCAUCGGCAACUUUCUCGUCUGCUACGUCGUUCUGCGCGUCAAUCACAUGCAGACGGUGACGAACAUGUUCAUUCUCAACCUGGCGGCCGGCGACUUCAUGGUGAUUCUCAUCUGCCUCAUGCCGACGUUGCUAUGGGACACUUGGGAGACGUGGUUUUUCGGAUACGCCCUCUGUAAGCUGGUGCUCUAUCUGCAGUUACACAGCAGCUGGACCUGCUGGACCCGAGAGAGCGCACCUGCUUAUCCCAUCUCAUCUCUCAUCUCUCAACGCAUUCUGCACACCUAUGUAUAG